ACCAGCUGCUGGACUAUUCCAAUCCCUGUCGGAGAGAAUACACGGGGACCGACAGUCAUUCUCUUCCUCCCCGUUUACCUCAUUGUGAUUAUUUUAUUACACCCUGCUCUAUUUUACCUCUCUUUCAUUCUUUUCCGAAGUGGAUAACUUGUCCUUCUCCCUCCCUUGCUUUCUGCUACGUUUCACGGUUUUUAUAAGCUAUAUAGGUGUAUUUAUUUGUUUUUUAUUAGAAACGAUAUACAUUUAUGUCUUAGAUGUUCCUCAAAUGAGAAGACGCAAAUGAUGGAGUUGCAUAUUUUAGAACACAGCUUGAAAGUAGCGAGUAUAGCAAAAGAGGGCAUUCAGAUUUGCACUCACGGAUUAAUCAAACUCGCCUUCUUGCCCUCUAAAACAAGAUGCAAGUUUUUCAGUUUGACGGAAACUCCGGAGGAUUAUACCAUUAUCGUCGAUGAGGAAGGCUUCAAAGAACUGCCCGAGUCGGAGCACCUUAGUGUCGCCGAGGCCACGUGGUUGGCUCUCAACGUGGUGUCGGGGGGCGGGAGCGCCACCAACUCUCAACCAAUCGGAGUCACCAAAAUAGCCAAGUCUGUCAUUGCCCCCCUGGCAGACCACAACAUUUCUGUGUUUAUGCUGUCUACCUAUCAGACUGACUUUAUCUUGGUUCGAGAGCGGGACCUGCCCAUGGUCAUGCACACCCUGUCUUCUGAGUUCACCCUGCUGAGGGUGAUCAAUGGAGAGACCGUGGCCGCCAACAGCCUGGGAGUCACCAAUGGCUUUGUCAAGCCUAAACUCGUGCCCCGUCCCAUCAUCCACCCUCUUUCCAGCCCCAGUAACAUGUUCUGUGUGACCAGCCUGGACCCGGACACACUGCCCUCGGUGGCCACCCUGCUCAUGGACGUCAUGUUCUACUCAGGCGGCAUGAAGGAGCCCGGGGCGUCUAGCGAGGACUCUGGUCACAUCCGCUUCUUCUCAUUCUCUCUGAUUGAGGGCUACAUCUCUCUGGUCAUGGAUGAGCAGACCACACCACGGUUUCCAAACAAUGUCCUCUUCACUAGUGCUUCAGGGGAGCUUUGGAAAAUGGUUCGCAUUGGAGGACAGCCUUUAGGAUUUGACGAGUGCGGUAUUGUGGCUCAAAUAUCGGAACCCCUGGCGACUGCUGACAUUCCAGCUUAUUACAUCAGUACCUUCAAGUUUGACCAUGCCCUGGUCCCAGAAGAAAACAUCCAGAGUGUGAUUGGAGCUUUGAGGACCAAUGAGAGCGCAGGACAGUGAAUGGGAGAUGGGAAGAGACAGUGAAACUAGGGAGCCCUGUGCCCUCACACCCACACGUUGUUUUAUCAUGUCGAACUCAUUUUUUUUUUAAGUGCCAAGAGCGUAUCAGUGGACUGCUGUGGGGGGUGAUUCUGGGAACAGGGUAAUGUAAUGCUUGGGUGGUGUAGAUGGGGUACAGGGGAAGGACGGUGUGUGUGUGUAGGGAUGCUUUUGUUCAGCGAUCAGCAACGUGCCCCUCCUACGUGCCAACUACGCAAUCCUACCCACCACAUCACCCCCUUGACCAUCCACUCUUACCCCAAACAACAUCCACUUCUUUGGGGACCCAAAGCUAGGGUAACUGCAGUGGGUUUUUUAAAUUUUCUCUCGCUCUCCUUUUUCUUUCUCCUCUCCCUCCCCUCACACCAUUUCACCAUGUCAACGCGGCCUACUAAGUUUGGGCCUAUCUCUUCGACACCAGCCCGGAAUGCUGCGACCCGGCCGUCACCUCCUUUUACUUUGGCACCCACGCGGCCAAUGACAGCCUAUACUGGUGCUUUAGUAUACCACACUUUCCUUCCUUCCUUUCUCUUCCCAUAACAACCAUACUGUAUUGGUCACCAGUUCUCCCCAUAACAACCAUACUGUAUUAGUUAUCAGUCCUCCCCAUAACAACCAUACUGUAUUAGUUACCAGUUCUCCCCAUAACAACCAUACUGUAUUAGUUAUCAGUCCUCCCCAUAACAACCAUACUGUAUUAGUUACCAGUCCUCUCCAUAACAACCAUACUGUAUUAGUUACCAGUUCUCCCCAUAACAACCAUACUGUAUUAGUUACCAGUUCUCCCCAUAACAACCAUACUGUAUUAGUUACCAGUCCUCCCCAUAACAACCAUACUGUAUUAGUUACCAGUUCUCCCCAUAACAACCAUACUGUAUUAGUUACCAGUUCUCCCCAUAACCAUACUGUAUUAGUCACCAGUUCUCCCCAUAACAACCAUACUGUAUUAGUUACCAGUCCUCCCCUUAUUACAUUUACAUUUAAGUCAUUUAGCAGACGCUCUUAUCCAGAGCGACUUACAAAUUGGUGCAUUCACCUUAUGACAUCCAGUGGAACAGUAGUGCAUCUAAAUCUUUUAAGGGGGGGGGGAAAGAGAAUGUUCUCUACAAACAAUUAUCAAGAUUUCCAUUAUUCUUAUUAUUUAUUUUUCUCAGUGCCAAGUCGUUUUAAAGACCAAUGCCUUGUCUAACUCUGUGUGUUUGACCUUGAAGGUGACAUUUCUGAGUUGUCGUUGGUAAUGACACAACAUAGUGUGGUUUUGUUUUUACAAGUUAUUGAAUAAGCUUUUAAUGUCAAGUCCUGAUGAAAUUCUCACUAUGGAAACUCUUCUUAAAGUAAUCCAUUUCGGGGCUAGAGUUCUCAUUGAAAUGCCAUUUAGCUGAAGGCUAGCGAAUAGAUUGCAGGGACUGGGGCAAGAUGUCAAUGGUCCUAAACUCUGGUGACCUGGAAAGCAGAUCAGAUUUGUCAGAUGGGAAAAUGAAAGAUUCUGGUGUUGAGUGUUUAAAUUACAUUUACUGACAAAUCACAGAGCCACUGUUAUGUAGGACAUAUCAUAUAAACAACAUUCUAGUUGGCUAUAUAUAAGCCAGUUUUCAUGUAGUAUCGGUCGUUUUGGGAGAAGUAGGUUAUCGUUUUGCAUCAAGUGCCACACCAUGCCUGACACUAAACCAGCCCUUUACCACAAACUAGUAGAAUAAGGAAAAGUGGUGGGGAAAUGUUGGUUGGGUUGUGGAUCAUUGAACCAGCCCUGCAACCCUGGUCAGUUUAGGCCUUCAGCUCACCUCCCAUUCCCUCCUACCUCGCUCCCUGCCCCCUCACCCCAGUCUGCACUUUAAUACAGGUCCAUCCUGCUGUACUGAUGUGAAAACGGGGAAGACUAUUUUACCCUUGAAGGAUUCUCUUGAGAAGGUGAGACUAUAUUGGUCUUAAUGCAUUGGUGUUUUUUUUUUGUCUGCACCAAGAAAAAGCUUGCUUCGUCAGUUAGCUUUGAUUAGCAGAAACCAUGUAGCUAUUAAUCAGUGUUAAAAACAUAAAAGGGUGAUAUAAAUAAAAAAUGCUUUUGUUUUCAUGUUCUAGUGUUUGGUUUCUCAAGGCCUUCCUGUCAUCUGUACUGUUUUUUUUUGUCUUCAUUUCCAACAUUGGUCCCCCAGACCCAUUGCAUAUUCAAAUUUCAUCAUCUCACCAUUAUCCUAAUUUAGAUUUAAUAUAAUGGAUUCUGAAAGGAACUUGCAGCUUUCAGCAAUAAUGUGAUUUUUAUAUUCAAAUCAUUGGUUGAUUUACAUUGGGCUGGAAUGUAAACUCCUAUGCAUGGGGUCUUGGGGGACUGCUGUUGGAGCCCUUGUAUUGCUAGAUGCUGUACCAAACUCUCUAUUAUUGGCUUUUUAGUCCAGCAUUUUUAAAAAUUCUUUGGCAGGGCUAGGUUUCCCACUUCAAUGCACCCUGCUUAUAAAGAAUCAAAAGUGAUAGAUUGAAGUGGUAAAACUGUGGGACAUAAUCAUUCCUAUUACUUACCUUGCUUUUCAAGAAUCAAUCAUUUUUAAGAAUGAAAUCAGCCAAGGCAGAUGUGAGUCUUAAAAUAACACUAUGUGAUGGAGAAAAAUGCAACAGUGGAUUUUUACUUUGUCGCCCUAUAAACAGACAAGACGGGAUUCAAACACACCACAAUGUGCCGACAUCGCACUUGAAAUCGGUGACGGCUUUAUCUAUCCCUUCCAUGCCGACGCAUUUGUUAGCUUUAGCUUCUAAGAUUUGUCUGCCAUUUUAAAAUGUUCUCGCUAAUCAUACUAAUUUGCAAAAAAAGUUUGCUAAAGGUGGGAGAAAAUAUUCGGUAGUCAUGAUCAACCAUACCCCUCACUACACUUGUCUUUUAAAGACAAUUUCCCUUAAAUCAAGUGCAGUGCGACCACGGCACAUUGCGGUUUGUUUGAAUCCUGGCCCAAACACUUACAUUUGACCUCUUUGUUGAAGGCGUCUUGCAGUGCAAUAACAUUGUGGUCUGACAUUGGUAUUACAAAUAAAGCUUGUAUUCUAUA